AGGAGAAAAAAUAAACACUGUUUAAUAAAAUGCUUGCUCCAGUUCAAAAACAAUUGUCAUUUGACAAAAUGUCGUCGAGCGGUUUAAAACAAAUGCGGUGUUUAAAUGCCGUUUAUCUACUGGUCGCAAUUUUCUCUCUAAGCCCUGCCACGACAUUGGCUCAAUUCACUGGAUGUGACCAUACAUUUAAUAUCAACCCAGGCUACUCGUACCUAGAGUCACCGUAUUAUCCCACAGAAUAUCCCGAAGGCACAUCAUGUCGUUAUAAAUUUGUUGCUCCUCUCGAUCAUGAGAUUGGUGUCAAAUGCAAUAUAAGUUUAGCUAUGGGCAACAAUGUAUGUACUACAGAAAAUUUCUAUUUUGCACAAGAUGGCGAUGAAUAUUUGCGUGGCUCAAAACAAUAUUGUGGCAAAGGUAAUUUUGUGGAUAAAUCCGUAUUUCGCUCUGUAGUGUUCGCCUAUAUAUCAACUGCUAAGAAGCGCCCAACGGGUACAUUUCGAUGUGAGAUGUAUGUGACGCCACAGAAAUGUGAUUGUGGUUGGUCUGUGAAUACGAAAAUAGUCAAUGGCCAGGAAACAGAUAUUAAUGAAUAUCCUGGCAUAGUGGCCCUUAAGACUCAUCCAGAUAAUCCGCCCUUCUGUGCAGGAACCAUAAUUGCUCACGAUUAUGUUUUAACGGCUGCUCAUUGCACGGAACAAGCACCAAAUCCAUCUAGUUAUGUGAUUCAGGCCGGUGAUCAUAAUUUGGCAAGUAAUUAUGAGACCAAAUAUGCAGCCACUUAUUAUGUUGCUCAGAUUAUACAACAUCCCUCUUAUAGCAGUAGACCAACCAUCAAUAAUGAUAUUGCAUUACUAAGAACCACGACACCAAUUGAGUGGACUCGGGGUGUGGGUCCAAUGUGUCUGCCGCCUCAAUUUACAAGUCCUGAUGAUUACACUUUCACUUAUGUAGAUAUUGUUGGAUGGGGUACCACUUCAUUUGCUGGCCCUAUUUCAGACUCCCUGCAGAAGGCAACCGUAUUGGUUACAGAUAAUGCUUCAUGCGCCAAAACAUAUAACGAUACCACAAUUUAUCCCAGUCAACUUUGUACCUAUGAUUAUUUGGGUACUAGCAAAGAUUCCUGUCAAUAUGAUUCUGGUGGUCCGGUCAUAAGACGUAGUUCCCGUCAAUAUCUUUUGGGUUGCAUAAGUUUUGGCAAAUUCUGUGGCCAAGGAGGAUAUGCAACAGGAGUAAACACACGCAUAUCAACAUAUUUAUCAUGGAUAUAUCAGAAUACCGGUUACACAACAUGUAAUGUAAAUGAGUCGGGAUAACCAUUUGAAAAAUUUUAUUAUUCGAAGGAAAAUAAACUUUAAAAUAAAUAUUCAAAAAACAAAAUAA